AUGAGUUGUAGAAAAUUUAAUGCACCAAGACAUGGUUCUUUAGCUUUCUGUCCUAGAAAAAGAUCUAAGACAAUCAGGCCACCAAUAAGGGCAUUUCCUAAAGAUGAUUGUAACGCACCAAUACAUCUUACUGGAUUUAUAGGAUACAAGGCUGGUAUGACUCACGUAAUAAGAACAAGGACUGUACAGACUAAAAAUAAACAGUCUGUUAAAGAAAUUUUAGAUGCUGUUACAAUAAUAGAAACACCUGCUAAUGUUAUUUAUGGUGUUACUGGAUAUGAACAGACUGGUAAAGGUCUUAAAAGAAUUGCUACUGUUUUCUCUUCUCACAUCGAUCAAGGCGUAUUGAGGCGUAGAUACGGAUUGAAAUGGGAAGAAAUUUCUGCUAAGUUGAGUGAUUGUUCAAUUGAAGAUAAAGAACAAAAAAUUGCAGAGCUUAAAAAGCGUGCAUGCAUUAUUAGAGUGUUAGUACAUUCUCAGCCUACUAAGAUUCCAGUUUUAAAUCUUAAAAAGUCACAUACGGCUGAAAUACAAGUUAAUGGAGGAAAUGUAGAACAGAAAGUUGAUUGGGCAUUAGAGAAUUUUGAAAAGGAAAUUAAUAUUAGAGACAUUUUUGAUAUUAAUGAAAAUUUAGAUGUUAUUGGUGUCACGAAGGGUAAAGGUUUUACUGGUGUAGUGAAAAGAUUUGGUGUUACUAAACAACCAAGAAAAUCACGUAAAGGUAUUAGAAAGGUUGCUUGUAUUGGUGCUUGGCAUCCUUCAAGAGUAAUGACAACUGUAGCAAGGGCAGGAGGAAAAGGAUUCCAUAGAAGGACAGAAAUUAACAAGAAGGUUUAUAUGAUUGGACACGGAAAAGAGAAAAUUAAGACUGAAUUUGAUUUGACUGAAAAGUUAAUUACACCAAUGGGUGGAUUUCCUCAUUAUGGUUCAAUUAAAAAUGAUUUUAUUAUGUUAAAGGGUGCUAUUAUCGGGCCUUCAAAAAGAGUCGUUACUUUAAGAAAGUCUUUACUUAAAAAUCAUAGGAAAUCGGAAGAUUUAGUUAUCAAAUUUGUUGAUACGUCAUCUAAGAUCGGAAGUGGAAGAUUCCAGACUUCAGAAGAGAAGAGAGCCUUCUAUGGUAUUAGGAAAUCAGAGGUUGUCGAAUCGACAGAUUAA